AUGGGGUUUGAUAAGCACCUUUGUGUGGAUGCUAGUGGGUUUGCUGGUGGAAUUUGGGUCUUGUGGAGGGAGGCUGAUUUCUCAAUUACGGAGUUGGACCGCGACUCUCAAUUCUUGCAUUUUAGUUGUAUUGCGCAGAACAGCACCUCUGUCCUUUUGACUGCAGUUUAUGCUAAGCCUAAUGAUCAUGAUAGACUACCUCUUUGGGCUGCAAUCCGCCGGUUGGAGCAGAAUAUCUCUCAACCUUGGUUGCUUGCGGGUGAUUUCAACUCCAUCACUUGUCCGUCAGAGCGUAAAGGUGGAGCAAAGUUUAAUCCCCAAAGGACCGCCAAUUUUAACGCCUGCAUUCGGGAUUGUGGACUUAUUGAUGUGGGGAUCAAUGGGCCGAAGUUUACCUGGAGCAAUGGAAAGUUGUCUCAGCGUCUUGACAGGGCUUUGUGUAACCAGGAGUGGAUCCGGACGUUUCCAGAUACUCUGUCGGACCAUCUACCUAAACUCCGUUCUGACCAUAGACCUAUCCUUGUUAAGAGCAACAAUGACCAUGCCCCGCCGCGACAGGAGCUUCAGGUCCACCUCACUCGAUGGAAUAAGGAAAUCUUCGGUAAUAUCUUUUACAGGAAAGCCAAGCUGACUAAGAGGCUAGCGCGAUUGGAAGUCCAAAACGAGAAUUCAGCCUCUGCUUUUUCCUUGCGUAAAGAGAGUCUUGUCCGAGAAGAGCUGGAACAGACGCUAUGGCAGGAAGAAUUGCUAUGGCUCCAAAAAGCUCGGACUAACCAGAUUCUAAAUGGCGACAUAAAUACCCGCUAUUUCCACACUGUUGCUCUCACUAGACGGAGCAAAAACAGAAUAACCAAGCUUCAGGUUGCUGACGGGACGUGGGUGGACGAUCCGGACCAGCUUAGAGGCAUUGCACGGGAGUUCUAUGUGAAGUUAUUUUCUGAUGACUGCACUGGACAACAACUUAUCCCAGCUUGCUUCAAUGUCGUUCCAGAAGCUAUGACAUCUCACCUAGCUGAUGCCCCAUCAAUGGAAGAGACUCGGAGAAUAAUCAAUGAAAUGGGAGGGAUGAAAGCCCCUGGGAAGGACGGUUUUCAUGCUGCUUUCUUUCAAAAGAGUUGGAAUAAUGUUGGAGCAGAUUUCUAUGAUCAUUUGGUUGCUUGUUUCAGGAAUCCCGACCGAAUCAGAAUGUGCAAUGACACUCUUCUAGUGCUGCUGCCCAAGGUUGACUUCCCGAAGCUAAUAACUCAGUUCCGCCCUAUUGGUCUCUGCAACGUGAGCUACAAGGUCGUGGCCAAAUGCCUUGCUAAUAGGCUCAAAGAAUUCACGCCUCAGCUGAUUGAUCAGAACCAGUCGAGCUUCGUCCCCAAAAGACACAUCACAGAUAAUAUCAUCAUCCUGCAAGAAGUGGUUCAUACUUUAUCGCUCAGAUCUGGUACUAAAGGAAGUAUGAUAUUGAAAAUUGAUCUCGCCAAGGCCUAUGACCGGAUCAAUUGGAAGUUCCUGGAGGCGACGCUUAUAGCGACAGGUUUACCAAUGGAUUUUGUCAAACUUCUUAUGGCAUGCGUGACUACUGCUCGUUUCCAGGUCAUGUGGAAUGGUGGCUUCACGGAAUCUUUUCAACCAUCUAGGGGUCUUCGGCAGGGAUGUCCUCUCUCUCCCUACUUGUUUACGCUUUGCAUUGAGAGACUGAAUCACUGCAUUAAGGAUUCUAUUAAUAGGAAAGCUUGGAAACCGAUUUUCUUAUCUAAGGAUGGUCCUCCGCUCACCCAUUUAUUUUUUGCAGAUGACCUGGUGCUGUUUGCUGAGGCGAACCAGAAGCAAGGGGAGGAAAUUCUGGCCUGUCUGAAUCGGUUCUGUGAAGCCUCCGGGGAACAAGUUAAUAAAGACAAGUCGUGUGUCUUUUUCUCCAAGAAUACCAGGGGGCAACUGAAGAAAUCGAUCAGUGACACUCUGGGAAUGCAGCCCACGAAUAACCUUGGUAGAUACUUGGGAGUGCCGGUGGUGCACGGCAGAGUCACCAAAGACACCUACAAGUACAUUUUAGAAAAGGUUGAUCAACGCCUAGCGGGAUGGAAGGCCAGAAGCCUUUCGUUGGCAGGGCGGGUUACUCUGGCGAUUUCGGUUCUUAAUGCUCUCCCUAACUAUGUUAUGCAGACGUCAGUUCUUCCCAUAUCAUUAUGUGAUGCCAUUGAUAGGAAAGUUCGUGCGUUUGUCUGGGGUGCGGAUGAAGGACAUUACAAGGCUCACUUGGUGAAAUGGGAGACCAUUUGCAAACCGAAGGAGGAAGGAGGAUUGGGCCUACGAUCGGCCAGGGCAGUCAAUAUCGCAUACCUUAUGAAGCUGGGGUGGGCUUUCCUGAACAAGUCCAACGGCCUAUGGAUUCGGGUGAUGCAAGGGAAAUAUUUCAAGAUGAAUGCUACGGGUGACAUGGUGAUGAAAAAAAGUAGUUACUCGAGAUUGUGGAAGGGGAUUGUGGAUACCUGGCCGAUUGUGAAGGAGCGAAUCGUGUGGGAUAUUCGUGGAGGUCAGAAUGUCCAGUUCUGGACACACCCCUGGAUAGUGGAAGGUCUCAAGCUGCGUGACCAUGUUAAGAGUGGCGAGGAAGACAUCAACUGGCAGGCCACGGUGGCGGACAUGACAAACAAUGCAGGUACUGACCCGCCGGUUGCUGAAUCGGGAGAGGACAUCACAGCCUGGGGGAUGGAACCGGAUGGAAAGUUCAAGCUUCGCUCCGCUUACUAUGCUGCCACGGAUUGGAUUGGCGACGCAGAUGAUAGAACGAGCGCGGAAUCCACCAAACCAUCUUGGAAGCGGCUAUGGAGAUGGGACGGGCCAAACCGGAUAAAGCACUUUCUCUGGCUAGCCUUCCACGACAGAUUGAUGACAAAUGUGGAGCGUAAACGGCGGAAAUUAACUAAUGAUGAUACUUGCACAGCUUGCAAUGAAGGGCCAGAGUCAGCUGAACAUAUCCUGCGACUUUGCCCAAACUCACGACAGGUAUGGCAAAUGCUAGGAAUUCAUAACAAUUUGCUUACUUGUGGCCUUGGUUUUACAGAAUGGAUGGAGGUCCACCUUGGCAAGGAUCAGGAGGGUCUCCUGUUUGGUGUAACUGCUUGGUACCUCUGGAAACGGCGCAAUGAAAGGAUCUUCCACAACUUGAAUCAAGAAAACCAUGUGCUGGCGCAUCGGAUCACCUGCUGGACGAGAACGAUACGCAAUGCUCAAAUGAAUGAUAAGGCGGCUAAUGUGCAACUCCACAUCAAAUCUUCCCAGCCGCUCGCAUGGAGUCCGCCGCCGAUGGAGUGGAUAAGUGUUCAUAUUGAUGGGUCGGUGAAGCAGCCGAAUUCGACUGCUGCAGCUGGAGGCCUGAUCCGGGACUGGACAGGAAGGUGUAUUGGGGCAUUUGUCGAAAACCUGGGCAUUUGUACUAUCACCAGGGCCGAGAUCAAAGGGGCGAUUCGCGGCCUCCAGGUGGCGUGGAAGGAAGGCUUUCGCAAGGUCCUUCUGUAUUUGGAUUCUACCACUGCCAUCAACAUCCUCACGGCUCCAGAUCAGAGGGAUCAUAGGUAUUUCAACCUAGUCCAACAAUUCAGGGAGCUGGUUCAACAAAACUGGGAAGUUAAGAUUUCCCACACCUACAGAGAAUGCAACAAGGCUACAGACUACUUGGCCAAUAAGGGCCACCUUGUAAGCAUAGGUUUCCAUGAUUUCAGGAUUGACGAUCCUGGCCUUUCGUUCUGGAUCUUGUAUGACACUAUGGGCAUUGCCCAAAAUCGUUUAAUUUAA